AUGGAGCCGGCGACGUCUGAAACUGCACGCCUGCCGUCUGGGUCGCGCCCGCGCCCAGGCAGCCCUGGAAGCACUGGCGAUGCUCCACCGGCAAGCAGCACCAGCACCAGCAACAGCAACGUCGUGGUGCCGCCCUACUGGCAGCAGCGCCAGCGCAGUGCCAGCAACCGCAGCACCGGCUCUGCUGACAACGGGCGCCCCGCGCCCAUCGGCCUCGAGGACCACACCGACGACGGCUCUGAGCACUGCAAGGCGCUGUGGGCAAAGGGCGUCACGAUUGACGACUAUGUCGUGGUCAGCGGCACGGCGCCUGGCAUCGGGGCCUAUGUGGUGUGGAACUGCACGGUUGAGACGCUCCAUGGAGGCCCCAUGAAGAUCCGCAAGCGCUACUCGGAGUUUGACGAGCUGCACGCGAAACUGCUGCAGACGUUUCCUCUGGCCGCCGGCUCGCUGCCCCAGUUUCCGCCCAAGUCGGUCAUCUCCCGCUUCAGGCCCCGCUUUCUGGAGCGCCGGAAACAGGCCCUCUCGUACUUUCUCAAGUACGUCGUCCCCAUGCCCAUGCCCAUGCCGCCACUGGCCGUGUCCUGCGUCCUGCUCAACCCAGAGUUUGCUGGCUCGCCCCUGCUCAACGACUUUCUGUUCUCGUGA